AUGUCUGGAAGCCAGAACCCAACUCCAAAGCCCAACAGGAACAUCCUAUCGUACUUCCAGCCGGCCUCCUCCUCUCAGCAGACGCCCUCCCCACAGCGCUCAUCACGGCUCUCCUCGUUUCCAGAUCUUUCGCCGCCUGCACCGUCCUCACCGCUCAGCUACAAGGCCACUCCCAUCCGGAAAAAGCCUCCUCCGCCUCAGGAAAUUGGUGACUCUGACGACGAGGGCAGCGCUGAUGGCUUCUCGGACGACUCCCUAGAGGACCUGUCGGCUCUCCUUGGGCGAGGACGGCCCAGUGCUGCCGCACCGUCGGGAAGCCAACCGGCAUUCUCGACUCCCAGGGCCAAGAGGACGGCAACGGGGCCGUAUGUGUCGCCGCUGACCAUCAUACCCAAGCACAGGUUUGACAUCAAGGCGCUCGCUAAGGACGCCCGCCGUGAUAACGCCAUAAGCGCAAGCUCGUUGAAGGCAAAGGCCUCCACAGACGCCUCAGAACCCGCAUCUCCUCGCCGAGGAGAAAACUUCGACUCUGCCUUUACUGACAUUGUCAGAGAGAAGAGCGGGCAAGAUGCGCACAAAGUCCUUAGAGCGGUCCAGAGAGCAGAACCUAUCCAGUCGCAGUCCCGGUACUGCUUCUUCAACAGCGACUACAGGGUUCCGCCCAGCUCGCCUGUACCCAAAUUGCCCAAGGGAUCCCCGUGGAAUCUGUUGACGCAGGGAAACUCUGCAGCAAGGGAACGGAACCUCACCUCUGGGAUGCCGCAAACUAUCCUGGCGAAGAAUGGCGGGCUGCCAGAUGCCGUGUUCGAGUGGAUGCUGGAUGAGCUCUGCAUUCAUAAGUCCUCGCUUGUUCGGCGGGAAUACUGCAACAUGAUUCACAGCUGUCCCGAUCAGGUCGAACGGCUUUUGACUCCGGAGCGGCUGGAGGAGCUUUUCCUCAGGUUGGGGGCUACCGACGAUAUCAAGGUUCGGGAUGCUGAAAUUGCCGUUUCGAAGCCAAAUCAGGAGCCAUAUCAGGACCACGACUGGUCGAAUUUGGAGUCUUUGUUUGUGCUCUUGGGGAUGAUUUCAGACCAUUUAUCGAUUCCGUCUGCCGUCUACGCAGCGCACACUCUGCUUCGGCUGUCCAUGGACAAGGUGUUGAUAUACAACACUGAUUUACUGACGGCGUACGAAGAGGCGAUUGCAAGCCUGGCCAAUACAAUCCCUAGUUCGUCCUGGGACUCUUUUUGCGGUGACGCAUGCUCAAUCCUGCACACAACUGUCAAGACGCAACACAUCAGGGCCAAUGCCUUGCAGUGUCUAUCCAUCCGCAACGUCAGAACCCACGACAUCAGGAGAAGACUCGCCAUCUCGUUCCUGUUCGACGACCCAUCUCUCGGCCGCCACCACCCCGAAGCAGUCUUCACCGUCAAGCGCGCCAUCGACCGCCUCAACGACGACGACUUUAGCAUCACGUCACAAACCGACUUUGCCGAGCUCAAAGCCAUGAUCAUGGCCCUCGACAUCGCCGUCGACGACGGCUCCCCGCCGGAAUCGGGCAGCCCAGAGGACGAAGACGGCUUCAACCAGGACGUUGACCAGCUCGCCGCCAAGCUCAGGGAGAUUUGGCGCAAGAUCAACGACGCGGGCAUGAAGAUUACGCGCACCGAGGCCAAGAGCGUCGUCGAGUGGGUGCAGCAGCGGCUGUCCAACACGGUCAGGACGCGCAAGAAGGCCAAGAAGAGCAUCUUUGAUCUGCCCGGCCACGAGGACCGCUCCUCGAACCUGCCCAAGCAGCAGGAGUACAUGGCCAAGUUUCUCCAAAAGAUACCCAAGCCACAAGCGGGAGGCGAAUAACUCUUUCCUUCUCCCAGGUGCAUAGGUAGUUUUGUCUGUGUGGAAAUUGAUACCAAUGUUCUGGACGCGGCGUUUGGGAGUGUACCUACCUUACCUAUAUAGAGGAGUACGGUCAAGCGUACGAGCUGGCUUCGCUGGAUGCCGACUUUAGAAAAAUUUCUUGUAAUGACGUAUGAUACAACAUCUAAGCUAAGAAAAAGGGGAAAAGAAAAAGCUCAAUUAAUUCG